CAAACACGGUAGUUUGGUGGCUUGCAUCUGUUUGUUUCUGUGGCUAUGCAAUCCGCACCGUUCUAACCCGCCUUUUCCACAUCCGUACCUCCGCAUAAACACAUUUAUGGACAGCUUCGUUCUACGUCCUGCUGGUAAUGUAACAUCGAGGCGUAGUAGAGAUGCAUCUGCUAAAUUCGCUUGCCAAUGGGGUCCAUUCGUGGUCUGAUAGAGACUAGUACGAGUGGCAUUGGGCCGUCGGAUAUUGAUAUUUCCAGUCUAAUUUGGUCCUCAUUAAUAUCUCCCCCCGCACAACGAUUGUCAGCACCAACCCACACUACUACCGCAAGGCUGCCGCAUGACAUUGUUUUUACUUUCUUGAUAGCUUCUACGGGCGAGGCAAUGACUGUCUAUAUCCUAUUUCCAAACCGGCUUCGACGUGAGCCGGUGGCACGCUCAUGUUUGCUCCCUUGCUACGGCGUGGUUACCACACCACCCUCGUGGUAUACUCGUGAGUUAGUGAACUCGGUAGAUUUUCAUUCAAGAUAGGGCCAACGCACGUAGACAUUCGUGUUCUCUCGUCACUGAAAACUAUAUAUAAGGGGCACUUGGUAUGGUUCAUGAGGCAUCAGAUCAUCACCACAGCUUCGCCAACGUUCAGCACCAUCAUAUCCGACUGAUAAUCACUCAGAGACUCAUUAUCUACCAUACAUUCACCACCUAUACUUCACUAAAUCAACAAAAUUACGACAAUGCAGUUCUCUCUAACUCUCAUUCUCACUUCCAUCUUGUCCCUCACCCAGGCUCUGCCAUCAGGCAUCGCAGUAAGGGGUAACCAACAAAUCGCUGAUGCCCAAAACAGCUGGCGUGCGGACACCAGCAUGGUAUCGCAAUUCCUCUCAUCCGUGCCUACGCUCCGGGGUGCCGAGCUGCAAUCCGCAGCCCAGGUUGCCCUCAAUGCAGAGAUCGACGAGCUGACGCACAAAAAGGUGCUCGACGGGGUGUUUUCCUCGGACCCGCGCAUCGUCCAGGCGAACAACAUCCUCGUCAACCAGGGCACCUUCCAAUCUGUGGUGGAUGCGCUGCAAUCCUUCACCGACGACGGCGCCAGCAUGUCUGAGGCGGAAAUCACUACGCUGCUGCGAAACACCAAUACUGUCCGUUGCGGCCAGGUUCUGCCUGCUAUCGAUACCUACUUCCGCGUCGCGGGCGAGAGGCUGAAUAACGGUGUCCUAUUGCUCGCCACGCGACCUAAUAACUGCUAAUAUGGGUUACGAGAGCAUUAUGAUGGCGUAUGUGAUGAAUCAAUGCGCUCCAUGAUGAGGGUGACUGGGCAUUGGAUGAAGUUGAUCUGAAAGUUUUAAUGGGGAUUUGGUUGGGCGUUAUUUCUUUUACGGCACUUUUUACAAUAAUGUCUCUCCUUCCUUCAUGUUCAUCUUCACCGCCUCACCGCGAAUAUAGAUUGUCUUAUAAUAGGCCUCGGGGCCUGCUAGGCUAGUUUCGAGGGGGUUGGUAGAUGCUUCGAUCACUCUGAAGCUACAAUCUGGGGCCUAUCUGCAUAAUACAAGAAACUUACUAAAGAGUCAUUCCUUUUCCUAUCAACUAAUGGUAUUUCGAACAGCCUUAAAACUUGAUCUUAGUUGCUUCUCAAGUGCAUGGGAGGAGGAGGUAGGCUUUUGAUAUUAAGUGCCUGAUAUGAUGACGUAAGAUCAAUAAACGACGCUCUCAAGGAGGAAUAUCAAAUACGGAUGCUACGAUGUACCUAUCAUGAUUUUGUCGAAACCACGUAGAAGCUGCGAAGCAUACAAUCAGGGCGAUCACGUCCCUUCUACGACAAGUGGGCUUCUCAUGCUCAGGUUCAGGAUGCUGCUGGAUAUUCAGAGCUCGGAAGAUACGGUCCAUUAUAUUUC